UAAAUAAGCAGUCGGAAAUCAAGCUGCCUGCUGAUUGCAGUCACAAGAGAAACCACCGGCCUGUGGAGUUGUUGUGUUUUUAUUGCAGGGCAAAGUGCUGAGAGAAGGGAAAAUGCUUCCUGCCGCGGUCAUGUCUGUAUCCUCUUCUUCAUUUUUUUCUUUGUGUAUUCGACUGAAGCAGCAGAGACUGAACAUUGACGGAUCUGCCUCUCUGUAACUUUAUAAAACAAUGAAACCUUGCAGCAAGUCACCUCUCAUACUGCUGGAGCUGAUUUACAUCACAUUACUCCCAGCAGUUCUUGAGGCACAAGAAGUCAAAGUCUCAUCCACAGUGACGGGAUACCUGGGGCAUGAUGUCACCCUGCCAUGCACAUUCAUCCAGGGAGCACAACACGCUGAUAUUACUCAGGUUCAGUGGGAGCUCAAGCCACCAGAAGGAGAGAACAUCGUCCUUAUUGUUUUCAAUGUUAACUUUGGAGUCAGUGUUCACAAUACGUCUCUGAAGGGCAGAGUGGAGCUUAAAGAACAAUCUUUGAUCAUCAGAGAUGUAGAAAUGAGUGAUGCUGGGCCGUACACCUGCAGCAUUGCAACUUUCCCCAGUGGUUCAUUUGAAGGAACCACCAACCUUGUUGUUCAAGAACAGAUGCAGUUAUCAUCAGGGGCGGUUUCUGGUAUUGUGAUUGCUGUCCUGUUGCUGUUAGUCGUCGUGGCAGCCGCACUUUACCUCCGCUUCAUCAAAAGACGUGAUCCUACUGUCAGACACCGCGUCUACAUCGAUACAAAUCCAACGAUGGAUGUGGCCAGGCCAUCUGUUCUUCGACGAGACGAGGAUGUGGUCUACUCUGACGUCAAGCUCAAAUCAUCCAGAGAAGCUAAACCUCCACCCAGUGAAAAACACACAGCGGAUGAUGUCACGUACUCUGAGGUUGUAGUUUUGCGCCAGGAGCAUAAAUGAGAUGAAAUGUAAGCUAAAAUCAUGAUGACGUUUUCUUCCUUGUACAACUUGCACUUUUCAGCUGCUGUAUGAAAGUUUCAUUUACCAUCAUUUUGGUAUCAUUUAGUGAAAUCAGCACAUCAGCUGCUUCUAAAAUAAAACCUAACCUCUGUGGCUCCUCCAGGCCGUCUAUCCUACUCUCAUAAAGGGUUUUCUCUAUGGGCCCAUGUUUCCAUUACAGCCUCACAGCAGCUGAUAAAAUACAGUAUAAAAGGAAAUUUAAUAAUUCAAUAUAUAGAGUCUGCAACCAGCCCAGUGGCUCUGUAAGGCUGUUCUUCAGCUAAAUGCUCAUGUUAACACGCAAACAUGCUUAAAGUGACGAUGCUACGAUGCUGGUGUUUAGCCAUAGAUAUGUAACAACAACUAGAUGACCCCACGAUGGCACCUAGUCAGUCCAAUGGGACUGCUCGCCUGGCACAUACGCCAAAAAAGUUACUAGCCAUACAGGAUUACCUAAGGAUAUAUGUGCAGUAGUGUUUCUCCCACUGGACCUAGCCGCAAGUUCCUGAUCAGCUCAAAGACUUUACACUGUGAUGACGUCACAGAUUUUUAACUCGCUUUUCUCAGCUUAGGAAAGAUUUACAAAGGGAAAACCUCCACGGAUCAAAAGUUCAUAAAUAAAAGUGCCAUUAAUAACCUUGUUUUCAGUUCGAGGUGUCCUGUCAACAUUUAACAGAUGUCUCUUUUCCACGGGGAAAAUGCUUUUUGGGCGCUGUGGGAUUUUUUCACUCUGAGUAGACACACAGAAACAUUGGAAGCAAGGCUGAGCUGCUCUCCUGGGGGCCUGUGUUUUGCAGGUAUAAUGUUUACAAUCCCCAUCAUGUCAAAAUGUAAAUGGCCCUAUCUAAAGCUAGUAUCCAAUUUGUCCUUUCUGGGCUACUGUAGGACAACAUAGUGGACUCUGUGGAAGAGGAUGUGCUCAGCAUCGAGAUAUAUCUAGGUUUAUUCUAAGGUAACAUAAAGAGAGCGAUUCUUAGUUUCAGGUGAUUAUACACUAAUGAAAACAUAGCUAUGACUAAUAUAUUUAAUUUCUGCCAAUAUAUCCCCCUAAAUCCUACACACUGGACCUUUAAGCAUAUCAACUGCAAAAUAUAAUUGUGUGUUUAUUUGACCAGUUUAAAAGUUUUAUCACAUUUUGUUCCUGAAAGCCACGCUGAAUCCAUGCCUCCGCUGGGAUCUGGAUAAUCCUGUUUUUCUUUAAAUCAAAGGCACGCCAAUCCUAGUCAAAAGUUCUGAGUAACACUUACUGAAGGUUUGAUCCAGAUCAAAACCAAGACCGGAUUACAUGAUCUAAUCUGAUUUCAGAGCCCUUUUUCCUUUUGAACAACUCACUUUCAAGAUUUUAUCCAGUCCUUUAGCCCAGUGGUUCCCAACUGGUGGGUCGUAUGUCCAUUCUGAACAGACCGCAAGUGACUCACAGAGCUUUGAUUUUGAUGUGCCGUUUCCCACUGUCGAGUGAGGGACUAAUGGACAGCUACUGAAAAGAGACAGCAAACUAGCUCAACAACAUGGCCAAACGCACCUGCAGACGCCCUGAUCUGAUUUGUUUUAAUUGUGAUCCUUGACAUCAGUGGAAGGAAGUACUUGAUAACUUAAUUAAAGUUUUUAACACUUUCUAACGGUUUGAUCCAGAUCAAAACCUCGACUGGAUUACGUGAUCUAAUCUGAUUUCACAAUCCUUUUUCCUUUUGAGCAACUCACUUUCAAGAUUUGAGCCAAUCCUUUAGCCCAGUGGUUCCCAACUGGUGGGUCGCGUUCCAAAAGUAGGUCACGGGUCCAUUCUGAAUGGAUCGCAAUUAGUCUGAGUGGGUGGAAGUUCGCUGCAUAGAUCAGCCUCUCAUUGGGCGGAACGAGCCACCCGCUGAAGUCCCGCCCUACCACCUCUGGUUGUGUAGCAGUUUUCAACCGUUUAACACGUCCUUUACUAACUUUUGCGGUGUUUGAUCUUGCGGGGAUGUAGCCAUUUUUCUGCCAUGGUUCGCGUCCUGUAGGCAAUAUUUUUGUGGGCGUGUUACACCAAAACCUGUUUCCCCCCGGCAAUAUUUUUGCAAGCGCGCCGUUGCUGUGGCACCGUCCAGAACAAUUGUGAUUGGUUGAAAGAAAUACAAGCAGCCGGGGCGUUUUUUCCUUCAAUCUCAAAGUGUGUGUUGGCCCAGCCAGACCUUUCUUUUCUUGAGAAAGGUCUGGUGAGCGAGACUAGAUCGCAAUUGACUCGUAAAUGUGUCAAGUUUGAAAAAACACAUUUCAUUUAAAGUACAGUGGAUUGUCAGCACAGCGCUUUUAUUUUGAAGUGCUGUUUCCUGCUGUGGAGUGAGUGACUAACGGACAGCCACUGGACAAAGACAGCAAACUAGCUGGACGACAUGGCCAAAUGCAAGUAUGACGCUGAAUAUAUUAAACUGUGUGGACCUUGAACUAAUGACUAAGGAGAAAUCUGGACUCCAUGGCUGGACCAGUUGGGAACCACUGCUUUAGCCAAAAUCCAGUCAUAUUAAACAAUGUGACCCUAAGGACCAUGAUUGUCUAAAAUGACAUCACAAUCUAUCCAGUAGCUGCUGAAAUAUCUCAGUCUGGACCAAAGCAGUGCAGCUAGCAUAGCUUAACAGGGCAACGCAGCGACAUGUGGACACGUUUGGCACCAUUUGCUUUUAAAUAUUACAGGUAUUACAAGCAGAAGCAGCCACAGUAAGCUGUUUACACCUCCAACACGUCUCUUAACUCACCAUGCUGUGCAGUGGAAAAACACUCUCACCAUGCCAACAUGACCACGUCAUUACAGCACAUCGCAUAACAUUCAUUCAUUCAUCUUCUAACCGCUUCAUCCUCUUGAGGGUUGCGGGGGGUGCUGGAGCCUAUCCCAGCUGACAUCGGGCGAGAGGCAGGGUACACCCUGGACAGGUCGCCAGACUAUCGCAGGGCUGACACAUAGAGACAAACAACCAUUCACGCACACAUUCACACCUAUGGACAAUUUAGAGUUACCAAUUAACCUAGUCCCUUAUCUGCAUGUCUUUGGACUGUGGGAGGAAGCCGGAGUGCCCGGAGAGAACCCACGCUGACACGGGGAGAACAUGCAAACUCCGCACAAAAGGGCUCCCAUGCCCGGGAUCGAACCGGCAACCCUCUUGCUGUGAGGCAAGAGUGCUAACCACCACAUCACCGUGCCGCCCAUCACAUAAUAUAAAGUUCCUAUUCCUCCUUUGUUGACCAUCAAAGGAGGAAGACAAAAACAGGAAGACAAAAAUUGAAAAUAACACAAUGGACAGGGAACCAGCUCAGCAAUGCAACAGAGUGUGUUAAUGACGGCAAGAGGUCAGCGUGUUGAAAAGUGACACCAAACUUGCGCAAUCUCUGCAGUAAAAUUCUCUCUAGACUUCAAUUUUUUGUCAUUCAGCUAAAUUGGACAUCAUGACGUUAAGAGAAGUGAUGUGUACCUCGUGCCUUAACCAAGCGUUUGCAUGUGAGCCUUUUUUCAGUGUUUAAGGGUUUAUGAGUCAGAGAGGAAGGCCACUCUUUCAAAUUCUCACUUGUUCUGUUCUGAGCCUUUUUGCUAACUGUAACAGCAAUAAAUGCAUACUAUAAUAGAGCACUCUACGUAUUCUGUUAGCACUGAUACAGAUAGCAGUUGUAGUAGUAUUUCACCACACCCAGUACUGUGUCUGCUGAGGGUUUGAAUCUCAAGAUCCUGUUCCUAGAUGUUGCAGUCUGAUCGUGCAUGUGUAAAAAGGUGAUAAAAUAUGGUUUGCAGAGAUGCCAUGAUGAUGCACACCAUCACUGAACAUCCCCAACACUCACUCUCUGUUAGUUUCUGCCUUUCAGCUGCGUUUCCUGACUGUGUCACUUUGUGGGUGUGAGAUUAUGUCUGCUAUACGCUCACUUUGUGUCGCCAGAAUAAAAUGUUUAUUUGUUGUUGUUGCUGUGUUAAGAUAUUAACUUUAGGGCUAAUUUAAUUUCCUGUGUUGUUCCAUUAAGUUUAUAUUUAAAAUCAGUGCUUGGAGUUGUGAUUACAAUCAGUGUAAUGCAUUUGAGAUGUUUAAUUCCUGUUAAAUCAUGCAGACGAGCUGGCAGACAGCUGACGGAGCACAGUUCUGUCAAUUGUCCCCACAUUUGUGAACAAGACUGUUUGUCAGUGGAAACUGUUAAAUAAAGUUCUAUAUUUUCACAGACAUAAUCACAGACGUGGUUUCCCUGGGAUUUUUUUUCACGUACUGUAGAGUUCUGUCAUGGCAGGAAGUAGAUGAGAGAGAUAAGACAAGUGCUGUUUGAAGAGCGUGCAUUAUGAAAGUCUUUCCAUAGCAGUCUGUUAUUACUCAGACAUGAGAAGAAAAACUGCAGAUACGUCUCACUGUAGCACAACUGAGAAUGAGAGAACAUUAGUCAUGUGCUAUUGUGUUAACAAAUGUAACUCUGAGGACAAAGUGGAUGAUGAGGUUGUUGAUUGUGAUCUGUAGAAUUUUGGCCCACUCCUCCUCAAUGGCUGUGUGAGGUCCCUGGAUCGUGGCAGGAAAUGCCACAUGCUCAGAGGGUCACAGGUCUGGUGAAUAUGCAGGCCGCACAAGAACUGGGAUGUUUUCAGCUUCCAGAAAUUGUGUAAAGAUCGAUACAGGUCGGGGCCUUGCUUCAUCAUGUUGCAACAGGACGUCAUGGCCGCAGAUGAAUGGUAUGACAAAAGGUCUCAGGAUCUCGUCACUGCAUCUCUGUGUAGUCAUGCUGCCAUCAAUGAAACGCACCUACGUUCAUUGUCUGUAGCUUUUGCCAGCCCAUACCAUAAACCCACCUCCACCAUGGCGCACCCUAUUCACAAUGUUGGCAUUAGCAAACCGCUCGUCCAUACUCGCGACGCCAUACUGCCCGAUACAGUGUAAACCAGGAUCCAUCUGUAAAGACAACACUUCUCUAAAGUGCCAGACGCCAUCGAUGAUAAGCAGUCAGGUCAAGGCCCUGGUGAUGAGACCAAGCGUGUAGAUGAGCUUCCCUGAUAUGGUGUCUGAUGGUUUGUGCAGAAAGUUGUGCAACAAAUUAUUGCAUCAUCUGUUCAGGUGGCUGGUCAAAGGGUGUUUUCACAGAGUCCUUUUUAAACAAACCAAACUCAGACCUCCUUAAGUGCACCAAAAAGUGGACCUACAGAAAAGGGACUCGGUUCUUUUUGUGUUCACAGUGUCAAUUCAUUUGAAAGAGGAUUCAGUUCUCUCUCAGGUUGACUUCAGCUCUAAUGGAGCCUCAGUCCUCUUUCUGUUCACACCAUAGCCUGUAUACAAUAUAUAUAUACAUAUAU